AUGUCAUCAGAAAAACCAGACCAAGUUGAGACUCUCCGUCGAGAUCUCCUCAAAGCUUGUAACACUCUUUCCAAUGUCAAUUUGUUUCAAGCAGCCAAGUGGUGUGCAGAGGCCCUCAAUGGACUUCCAGAGCCCAAGCCAGAAACAGCAGACCUACAACCAGAGAUGCUAAUACUAGAUGAGGAUGCACUUUUGGAUCAAAACAAAUACUUAUUGGCCAAAGCGUACUUCAACUGUAAGGAAUUUGACCGAGCAGCUCAUAUUUUGAAAAAUUGCAAGACAGGUGACGCGUUGUUUCUUAGAUUGUAUUCCAUAUUGAUAUCCGUGGACAAAAGAGCCACAGAAGAAACCGAUGGAUCCAUCAACAUAGGCUCGGAUGUAGUCGAUGAUAUGAAUAACCGACUAUCAAAAAUCAUACAGGAGAGUGAAAACUACCUCACAAAAAGCAAGCCCAACUCCUUUCUAUACUACUUGAAUGGAGUGAUAUAUAACAAGAAGAAGAAGUAUGCAUUGGCACAGAGCAAUUUGUACAAUUCAUUGAAGUUAUUUCCCUACAAUUGGUCGGCAUGGCAAGAACUCAUAUCGUCAUUAAUUACUUUCGAAGAGGCUAUCAACUUCAUCACCAAAGUAAAGGCAGCCAAAAGUUCUCUUUCUUCAAGCAUCAUGUUUCAAUUCUUUGAAGUCGUAGUUCUUCAAGAAUUCUAUCAACAACUGAGCUCAUUAUUUGACUCACUCAAUCAUCUCAUAACAAUCUUCCCAUCAUUUACAUUUCUCAAAGUUCAACAGUUCCUAAUUUCAUACCACAGUCUAGACUAUUUCCAGGCCGAGUCAACCUUCGACCAGAUCCUCGUGGACGACCCUUUGAGGCUAGAUGAUCUAGAUACCUAUUCCAAUAUGUUAUACGUAAUGGAAAAACGUUCAAAACUUUCCUUCUUAGCACAGUUUGCCUCCAUGAUAGACAAGUUCAGGCCAGAAACGUGUUGUAUUAUAGCCAACUACCAUUCUAUGAGAAGUGAACACGAGAAAGCCAUUAUGUACUACAAACGUGCAUUGACUCUAAAUAAGAAUUGUUUAAGCGCCUGGACUCUAAUGGGGCACGAAUUUGUUGAAUUGAAGAACUCGCAUGCAGCUAUCGAAUCCUACAGACGCGCAGUAGAUACCAAUCCAAAGGACUUCAGAGCUUGGUAUGGUUUAGGUCAAGCAUACGAAGUCUUGGACAUGCACUUGUACGCAUUAUAUUAUUACCAAAGAGCCACAAAUUUACAGCCAUUGGACAAGAGAAUGUGGCAGGCACUUGGAAAUUGCUAUGAAAAGAUCGAUAAACUUGAAGAGGCUGUUAAAUCCUUUGAAAAAGCUUUGACGAUAAAUAGUGCCGAGCCUCAUAUUUGCUACCGUUUGGCACUCAUUUCUGAAAAGUUGGGGGAUGUAAAGGAGACGUACAAGUAUAUGAAACUUUGCUUCGAACAGGAACUUGAUUGGGGCGUCAAUGACGAGACCUCGAAGGCAAGAUUAUGGCUAGCACGUAACUCUCUCGAAAGUAGACGAUUUGAAGAAGCCUAUGAGUUGGCAAAGGAUCUCAGCCAUAGCAAUGCUCACGACAUUGAAGAGGCGAGAUCAAUUGCUAGAGAGGCAAGGAAUAGAAUGCUGAAGAAUUGA